ACGGGUUUUGUUUUAAAGACACAGAAACCUAACCCAUUCCUUCUCUUCUAUAUCUCUUUCCAGGGCUCAAACGCCCGCCUCCACCCCGGCCUCUCCAAAACCAGGCCGCCCUCUCACGGACUCCGCUCCGCCGCUCGCCGACGCCGAGACUCAGCUCCGUCGCGCGCCCCGUCGAUCGCAGCGACGCCACACCCCGACCCCGCACAAUCCCCUGCCGGCGUCGUUGGACCUCAGGGUGUUUCGCAGAGCUGGACAGCAAUGGAGGAGACUCGGGCUGUGCAGGUUGACCUCGGGAGUCUCAUGGCCUUCGAUUCUAGCCACCACUUUCCUUCCCUACCUUCUUCGAGGGAGGAGUUGGUUGCGAAUUGUCUGGAGAAGGGGACUGAGCUUGUUCAAGCGGUCGCAGAUGCCCUUUUCAACUUACCUUCGACUGAAGAUGUGGAUGGCCCUAUUGUCAAGUUGCCGCCGCCAACAACAAAAUUGCCUAGAGAAAAGCAUUUGCCAAAGCCCAAACCUCCUACAAAAUGGGAAUUGUUUGCCAAAUCCAAAGGUAUAAAGAACCGUAAAAAGGACAAGAUUGUUUAUGAUGAGCAGACUGGUACUUGGAAGCGCCGCUAUGGAUAUGAUCGUGUUAAUGAUGAUCAAGAUUUACCCAUACUCGAGGCCAAGGCCACCGAUGAGGUUGGAAUUGACCCUUUUGCUGAGAGACGGGCUGAUAAGAAGAAGCGUGUCGAAAAGCAAAACAAAAACCGAUUGCAGAACCUAAAACAAGCUGCAAACGCUCAUGCUUUGCCAAGCCAUAUUCAGCUAGCGGCCACAGCAUUGCCCAUAACGGGAACCCAGGCUGCACCAAAGAAAGUGAGUAAAGAUGAACUGGGGAAUGUUGCCGGAUUAGCAGCUACCGCCACAGCCAGUGGUGGGAAGUUUGACAAGAAGCUUCCAGGAGAAAAGAAGCCGAAGCACGAGCAAAAGCAUCGCAAGUUCCUUCCAGUAGCAGAAGGAACAGGCCAGGGUUCCAAAGAGAAGGAGCAAACGGACAGAGUUCUAAACAAGCUCCUUUCCAAGAAUUCACAUGAAAUCCUUAACGUUGAUAAGGCUGUUACGAUGUACAAUGUGAAGAAAGAGAAGAAACGAAGUAACCAAAAGCGAGACUCCUCUUCAAACUCGAGCAAGUUGAAACCACAGAAGAAGGUACAAAAAAAGCCCUUUAAGAAGGGAUCUGCUAAGAGGGGAUCUGCCAAGGGAUCUGCUAAGAAAGGAUCUGCAAAGAAAGAGAAAUCUAAAUGAAACCCAUAACUAUUUAGAGUUGUUGUAUGCUUGUAGAGUUUUUGAUUAGGUGCUACAAGUAUGUUAGGAUCAUAUAAUUUUGCUUCGAGAAAUAUUUAUUUUUUGUCAUAGCAAACUCUCUUCUUUAUCUUUUGCAUGUUAGUGCUUCUUCUGGCACUUGUUUUCUUUUACAUAACACGAGCUGAUAUGAGUAUGCAACACAAAUUCAGAUGGUU